CUCGGUAAAUAUUCCUCCGACAGUAAGCUGAAAACUCCGACUUAGACAGUUUUGUACUGAUAACUCCGUGACAAAAACUGUAAAUACUUGUCUGGCUUUUUGGAGCAAGCAAUUUGGAUGGAACUGAUUUGAAUUACUUCUUUCUUCAAAUAUUCUCAAGUAAAAAUUUAAUGUAAGCUACUGCAACAUGCAAUAACUUGUGGAUUGGUUAUGAGAAGAAGAUCAGCUGCAUUUUUGGACUCAGUACAAUCUAGAGAAUAUCGAAUCAUCUAGAGGGUACAAUAAAAGGAAUAAAAAGAUCCCCUUCAUCUCGACAUCACAAGUAUUGCUCUUAUUUUGAAGGGAGAAUUUCGUUUUCUAUAGAUUUUGUCAGAAGAUGUCGGAAGGAGACGCCUCGACAACCAACUCAAGCGCUUUUCAAAAUGGAAACAGCUAUUGGGAGAGGAAAGCAAUGGCUACCGGUGAAAUUGUACUUUUAAGCAGUUAUUUUGUAGUUACACUAGUUGGCCUUGUUGGAAACUCUUUCGUUAUCCACGCAGUGAGAACAAAUCGCUCAAUGCACACGUCCACAAAUUACUUAAUAUCAAAUAUUGCGGUCGCAGAUCUGACUACGAUGGCAACAUGCCUUCCGUUUGCCAUCUUGAAGUUUUUGAACCACCCUGGAGGGAARUGGGGUCGAUUUUUGUGCACUUUUAUCACAAAGAAUAAUAUUUCUUGCAUAACUCUGUCUGUUUCUAUCAUGACACUUUGUAUCCUCGCMGUGGAGCGUUAYAACGCGUUAAUAAAUCCUCUCCACCAUGAAAUGAGGAUGACGAAACGAGCUACACUUUACGCCAUUGUACUGACAUGGAUUUUAGCUUUGGCUAUGGCUAUGCCUCUUCUGAUUUUCACUGAYUUCAACGAGAAAUAUCACUACUGUCAGUUCACCUUCACUACUCACUUGUACUGGAUAGCAGUUGGGGUUGCAACAUUUCUGAUUUUAGUAGUCAUUUGCUACUGUUACAUCAARAUAUUGAGGGAAAUAUACAAUAAAAGAUUGCUCAACGCUGGCCAUUGCGCGCCKCAGUGGCUGAACAACGAGACAACGAAGAAUAAAAGAAAAGUAACAAAGCUUUUGUUGAGUUUGACGGUAGCGUUUGUGYUGUUUUUCGUCCCAAGAAUGGUCUACCUCUUCUUUUCUCCUUAUAUGGAAAAGACGAUUAACUUAGGAGCCUUCAGAAAAAUCUCCUUCUUUUUGGUAGUAUGUAAUUCGUGCGUGAAUCCGAUCAUUUGCGGUUUUCAGAGUGAUAACUAUAGGCGCGCUUUUUUGGCUAUGCUAAGACGAAGCAGAGGGGUGAGUCCAAUAUCACGUGAUGCUAUAUCGAACCGUGAUUGGUGGAAUACCUCUCAAAGGCAGCAACACCAACAAUCACAGAUGUAAUGUGAUCUUUGUGGCUUUAAAGUCACUUAGUUUGUGAUCGCUAAAAUGUGUAUAAAGUCAGUCACUUUGUCAGUUUUGUCGAUUAGUAUACAGGAAUCCCAUGCAAUUCUCAAAAAAGUCGAAUUCAACUUAAGAUAGACAAAACACCUUGAGGAGUUGAAGUCAAUGAUGCACUGUACGGCAAUUGGCAAAGCAUGGAAGUACAAGUAAACGCGACGGAAACAUAAGCGAUUCUAUAAAAAAAAGCCAGCUAAAAUCCAAUAUUACAUGUUAUGGUUACCACCACUGACUACACUUUACCUUGCGGCGAAUUCUCUCUCCUGGGGCCGGUCAUUACAUUGGAAAAGGGUGGAUACCAAAUUAUUCACUCUUUAUUAGAUUUCAUAUGGAUUUAUUUGCUGGAUCAAUGGAUUUAUACAUAAUUGAUGACGCUAUUGACCGAACACUGCUGACUACACACAAUUAUUUCCUCUGGGUCCCAGACAUACAUUAAAUAUGAAUCAGAAURUGCAUAACCCAGGCCAGUUGAUAAAUCAAUGAUACCAUAUGUAUAAAAUAGAGAUUUAGGUCAUAGAAAGCGAGUGCAAUCAUUAGUAGUUUUUUAGCUUUAUAACUCCGAAGCAUACUAAUUGAAAUGUCUUUUUACACGAUAGGAUGAUCUUAAAUCCUCUUCUUGAAGCAAAAUAAAGUGAAAACAUUAAUACUAUGAAGGAAAUGAAAAUAUAAAAUUAUCGCUUCAAACGUCAUGAUCACACGCACACUCUGAUUGGCUGAAAAACCGCAUUGUUCACUUGACACAGGUGGCGCGCGCGCCAAGAUUUUCGUCU